GGGGGGCGCGGUGCCUGUCGGGAAGGCGGCGGACCAGUCGGGCCUUUGGCGGCAGCGGCGGGAGCCAUGGUUGGCGGCGAGGCGGCCGCCGCAGUGGAGGAGCUGGUCUCUGGGGUGCGGCAGGCGGCCGACUUCGCCGAGCAGUUCCGCUCCUACUCGGAGAGCGAGAAGCAAUGGAAGGCCCGCAUGGAAUUCAUCCUGCGCCACCUGCCCGACUACCGCGACCCGCCCGACGGCGGCGGCCGCCUGGACCAGUUGCUGUCCCUCUCCAUGGUCUGGGCCAACCACCUCUUCCUGGGCUGCAGUUAUAAUAAGGACCUUCUAGACAAGGUGAUGGAAAUGGCUGAUGGGAUUGAAGUGGAAGAUCUGCCACAGUUUACAACCAGAAGUGAAUUAAUGAAAAAGCAUCAAAGCUAAGGCAGAAGAUUUAUCACCUUCCCAUCCCUGGCAGCAGGCAGAGAGAGGAGGCUGGGUGACUGAGCGCGGCAGCUCUCACGAUUCCUCGUAUUGCCAACGUAGAAGUUGGGAUGAGAGGGAAUCGGUCUACAUGGGCCUUUAAAAGUCUGCAUUCCCCCCAUAGCUAUCGCUGCAAAAGUAUGCAUGGAUAUUUAUGUAUUUAUAAGUCAUCUACUUCAUCAUUGUGCAAGUAAACUUUGUUUAAAAUGCCCCCCCUUUUUUGAAGUUGAUGUAAUAGUUUGUAUUUUUCAACAAUGUACCCUAUGUGAUUUUUUGUUUUUGCCUUUUUGUUCCCUACGGAGACAAACCAGAUCCAUUGUACCAUACCUCUACUCUACUCCCAUACAUACUUCGCUCUUGUAAGAAAUGAGACUCAGUCAUAUGCCUGAGGUGCCGUGAGCUAGCUCAUGGGAAGAGGCAGCCUACAGAAAAGCCCUUGACCUCAUUUUACCAUUCACUGGGGAAUGGGGAUGUAAGCCCAGUGGCAGAGCCCUUGUCAGGGAUGCUUAGGGCCCUGGGUUCUUUUCCCAGGACUGCAGAUAAAAUGAAGUUCACUGAUAGGAAACACACUCGGCAGGUCUCCCAGGCAUUGUCCUCAUCUCUAGACCUUCCAGGCUUGAGGAAGUAUCUUGCAUGUAUUCCCUCAAGAAAUACUGUGUGCUGUCUCGCUUUGCUGAGGAUUUAUUUUAAUAUCCCUGUUAGUUUAUGUGUUCUGUGCUGCCUUGUUGUUUGUUCUUUUGUUUAGUCUUACCGUUAAGUUUCCACCUUUAGGUACAGGCAGCAGGAGGGGCUUCAUUACGAGCAGUGAUGUACUACUGCAACAGGACCCCUCACCUCUAGUACCCAGCUUAGUACAGGAAACUGGUAAAUGAGACUGUGGCACCUGCCUUAGCUUAAUCUACUGGCGAACACAGGUAAGCUAGCCACUGGAAGUGAGGGGCAGGGCUUGUGGGGAAAACAGUGUCUGAGGCAGAGAUGGGAUUGCGCCCACUCACGGGCCGGAGAUGAAGGCCAGGCCAACAUGCCUCAUAGGGGCUACUGUGUACAGCCUAGUGACCUGCAGGAGAGACCCAGAGAACUCAGGAGCUCUGUAACCUCAGACCUGCUUCUCUCCCAUGAGAAUACCAUAGAGAGCUAUGGCAGGGAUCAAGAUAGCAAACGUGAGGGCCAAGCACAGUUCGUUGAGUGUUAGCCACAUCUUUUCAAAUGCAGCCUUGCUUUUUUCCCAUUGUGAUCGUUUGCAAAUUCAUGAGGCAUAAGAUUUCAUCAUAAAAUGGAAAAAACAUCAAGGUCCAAUUCACUUUUGUCCAUAGGUAUCUUGUGGAUUUCCUGUAUAUGACAAAACCCCCAAUAAAGUAUCCUUUCCAUUGUAUGAAGUUUAAAUCA